AUGCCACUGGGUGCCGUGUGGAGCCGAGUGAAAAACGUCUGCCAGCAGAAUGGCUUGCUCAUCAUGUCGGUGCUGGCCGUGGUGGUGGGAUGCCUGCUGGGAUUCUUCCUACGGUCCAAACACCUCUCUGAACAGGAGGUGAAGUACUUUCAGUUUCCUGGAGAGCUGCUCAUGAGGAUGCUGAAGAUGCUCAUCCUACCUCUUGUUGUCUCAAGUUUGAUGUCUGGCCUGGCAGCCCUGGAUGCCAAAUGCUCGAGCCGCCUGGGCAUCAUGACCAUCUUCUACUGCCUGUGGACCACCUUCGUGGCGGUGGUGGUGGGCAUUGUCAUGGUGAUUAUCAUCCACCCAGGGGGAGCUGCGCAGAGAGGGGACUCGAAGGACAGCGGCAAACCCAUCAUGAGCUCAGCAGACGCCCUGCUCGACCUUAUCAGAAACAUGUUUCCUGCCAACCUGGUCCAAGCCACAUUUCAACAGUAUCGUACCAGGAGCAUCCCUAUUUUGAAGCCAAAGCCUACAUCGAGCCAAGAUCUGAAUGAAGCCACCACCAGGCGCAUUUUCAUCUAUGGCAUCGCAGAAGACAACAGCACUGACAUCCAAAACUUUUCUUUGGAUUUAACUCCUUCUCCAGACGUGGUGUUUAGGACGCUACCAGGCACCAGUGAAGGCAUGAACGUCCUUGGCAUUGUCAUCUUCUCUGCUACGAUGGGCAUAAUGCUGGGAAGAAUGGGACCUAAUGGCAGUGCACUGAUUAACUUCUGCCAGAGUCUAAAUGAAGCAGUACUGAAGAUUGUGGCCAUAGUCAUCUGGUAUUUUCCAUUUGGGAUCGUUUUCUUGGUAGCUGGUAAGAUACUGGAGAUGGACGACCCCUCUGCAAUGGGGAGGAAGUUGGGCUUCUACGCCAUCACUGUGGUCAUGGGCCUUAUUGUACAUGGCCUCUUUAUCCUGCCCGCCAUGUACUUCUUCAUCACCAGGAAGAGUCCCAUCGUCUAUAUCCGAGGCAUCCUGCAGGCCUUGCUCAUUUCACUGGCCACUUCAUCCAGCUCAGCCACAUUGCCUAUCACCUUCAAGUGCCUCCUGGAGAACAACCACAUCGACCGGCGCAUCAUCCGCUUCGUCUUACCGGUCGGCGCCACCAUCAACAUGGAUGGUACCGCACUCUACGAGGCCGUGGCAGCCAUCUUCAUUGCCCAGGUCAACAAUCAUGAGCUGGACUUUGGCCAGAUCAUCACCAUUAGCAUCACAGCAACAGCAGCCAGUAUCGGUGCUGCAGGGAUCCCUCAGGCCGGCCUGGUAACGAUGGUGAUUGUAUUGACCUCAGUGGGUCUUCCAGCAGAUGACAUCACACUGAUCAUAGCCGUGGACUGGGCUCUGGACAGAUUCAGGACGAUGGUGAAUGUGCUGGGAGACGCUUUGGCUACGGGUAUUAUGGCACACAUCUGUAGGAAAGACUUCCAGAAGGAGUGUGAAGGGGUGAGAUCCAACAACCUUAAACAGCAAAUAUGUAUUCCACUGAUCUGUGAAACCAAGCCCAUGAUCAGCAUCCACCAAAUGACGUCCUACCAGAGCAACGGCUCCUUCCAACCUCCUUCAGCAGGACCCAGGAAACCCGAACGGCUCUCUCCUGACGUGGCUCGCCUCGUCCAGCUGGAAGAAGGGAUGCAGCCAGAGCAGGGGAAAAAGACGAAGAAGAAGAAGUCCUCACACCAUGAAGAGAAGACAGACAAGCACCAGUACCGAAACAGGGAUCACUGUACAAUCGACAUGAACGGCUUAGAGACCAACGUCUAG